CCCCAGCCUCCUUUUCCACAGUUUCAUCCUGACUUUGCUCGCAAUGACUGACUUCUAUCAUCAGCAACGCGUCAACGCGCCCAUUUACCAUCAUACAGCAUAUACAAUACCUCCCAAGUGAUAUGUCGUCGCCAUGAGCAACUCCCCCGAUGGUGCGACUGCGGUGGCCGCGCCCGUAGAAAUUUCAUCCAAUGCGACCUCCAACACUGCCGAUACUAUAGCGCAAGGGAAGGAAAAGGCCAAGGAGGUGUUAGCUGCUUCAGGCAUCGAGAUCGCGAAGGAUGCCACUCCUACAGAGUCCAAUGGCCGUCGCGAUAGUCCCAGUCCGGAUCGCAAUUUAAAACGCAAACGCGACACUCCCGUCGAGCGUAUACAGGCUGAUGAAUAUGUUCAACACGAAUACCAUUAUAAAGGCCUCCUAGCAGAGCAGCUCAAUCACCCGCUGCUGGCGCAAGAGAAGAAACAAGAGCUGGCACUAUACCAAACCUUGCGCCCUCAACGUGACCAUGAUCCAGGGUCUAUCUUUGGAUACGGCUAUGCAGGUUUUGGCAACCCGAGAACCGACGACAGAACCCUGCGCGACCCCAUCGUAUACCCUCGUCAGCGAAGGCCUGGUAAGCGAACGACAUUGCUUCCACGGAUAUCUAGGAAAGAACAGCUCAACCAGGCCGAGCAAAGCGAAGAGCUCGUCCCCAUCCGGCUUGAUAUUGACUGGGGCAAAAUAAAACUGCGUGACACCUUCACUUGGAAUAUCAAUGAUCGGUUGACAUCAAUCGACUACUUCGCUGAGAAACUAGUUGAAGACUUUGGCCUCGAGAUUCACCAAUGCCGUCCGCUAAUCCAAUCUGUCGCACAUAGCAUACGGGAACAAAUCAGCGAUUACUGUCCCCAAAUAUAUGGCGAUGAAGAGCCCUCGGAGCCAUCGCUGCCCUACUCGGCUUAUAAAAACGAUGAAAUGCGCAUCCUUAUUAAGCUCAACAUAACGAUCGGCCAAAACACCUUGAUCGAUCAAUUCGAGUGGGAGAUCAAUAACCCCUACAAUUCACCAGAGGAAUUUGCGAGACAGAUGACCAAUGAUUUGGCAUUGGCAGGAGAAUUCACAACUGCUAUUGCUCAUUCAAUUCGCGAACAAAGUCAACUAUUUUCGAAGUCUCUACAUAUUACCGGAUAUCCAUUUGACGGCCGGCCAAUUGAAGAUCCCGACCUCAGAGAGAAUUUCCUUCAAUCUCCUAUUCCUGUCACGUUUCGCCCAUACCAAUCUGCCAAAGAUUAUUCACCAUAUCUUUAUGAGCUCAACGAGGCCGAUCUGGAGCGGACUGAACUCUCUAUUUCCAGGGAGCAGCGGAGACAGAAACGUUCGACGAACCGUCGUGGCGGCCCUGCUCUACCGGAUCUCAAAGAUAGACAACGUACGAUAAGGUCGCUUGUCGUUUCUUCCGUUAUUCCAGGAGGAGCAUUAGGUAUGGAGGAAAGUAGGAUCUUCAGGGUGCCCAAAGCUACACGGCGAUCUGCUCGAGGAGCAGGUCAGCGGGACGGGUUUGAAGAAUCCGACGAAUCUGAUAGCGAAGAGUCGGGACCAGAUUCUCCUGCUAUUCCUACACACCUCUUGCAGCAGGGAACUCGAAUAAGAAGCGCACGAAACGCUGCGCUCUCGGCAACUGCUGGCAUCCGCUCCAAUCUCUCUGGUAUCACAUCAGUGCGUUCAGCUACGCCAGAAUCGAUUGCACCUUCACAUCAUGAAAGCAGAGCCUCGGCCCGAAAACGAGAAUAUAAAGAAGAAAGCGAUGACGAAGAGUCAAAUGCAGACAAGCUAGUCGUUAUAUUGAAAGUCGGCAGAGCCAAAUUACGGGAAUGGGCACGUUCGCAGCGACUGAGGGAUCGCGCGGGCAUUUCCACCGCAUCUAAUCAAGGCAGUCCUCGAGUCGGGACACAUUCACGAUCCGUAUCGGCUACGCCCUUGAACCUUGCUGCCAUGCCGCCUCCCCCUUCACCUGUUCCAGCUCCUGCGGAAGUCCCGGGCGCUGUGGAUGCAACCUGGCAUCCUCCGAGCCCAAGCCAUCCAGCACCGGCUCCGCCAACAUGGCUCGUUCAGGACCUGGAAAGGCUUAAGCAGGACCGUCCCAAUGACAUCUAUGAGCCACUGAUGAAGCACGUGGCGGUUGAUCCCAGGACACAAAAGCUCGUCGCCCCGAACGAGGCGAAUAGGUCAUUUGCACACAAAUAUGUGCCGCGUAUCCGUUGCCACGACUGCCCUGCAAAGACUUACAUGGCUGGCCCAGGAAUGACAGCAGAAAACUUCGAGUCUCAUGUGCUUACUCGUCAGCACAAAGCCCAGGUGGAGGCACGGGUUGCAAGAGCUGCUUAAGACUCUGAUUACUGUGUUAAAAGAAGAUGUUUGCAAAUGUACAAUUUUGGCAGGUGCUUAUUGUUGGUUAUACUCCAUAUUCCAUUUAUGCAGUCAUGCAAGAAGUACGACAAUACACAUUCCACCAAAGCUUUACAUCCGCGUCUAUGAAGUUGGCCAUGUGCCGAUGUAAAUCAACUGUGUGGU